AUGCUUUUCAACGUUGUUUUCUUCGCCUCGACGGCCUUGGCUUUUGGCGCUGCUGGUAGCGAGUAUGAGUGGCAGGCUCCUACUUCGUCUGACCGUGGCCCUUGCCCCAUGGUGAACUCUCUCGCCAACCACGGAUACCUGCCCCGUAACGGCCUCAACAUCUCUCUCGACGAUCUCCUCGUCGCUUUCACCGACGCCGUCAACCUCGACCCAGCUGCCACCACUCUCGUCGGUAAGACAGCUGUGACCACUGGAGACGGCACUACCUUCAACCUCGACGACCUGGCCAAGCAUGGCGUUCUCGAGCACGACGGUAGCCUGAGCCGCGCCGAUAUCUACUUUGGCGAUAACCUCAGCUUCAACAAGACCAUCUGGGCUCAAACAUCCUCCCACUUCACCGAGGACACAAUCUCCAUCAAGACAGCUGCCAAGGCACGCAACGAGCGUCUUGAGAUUGCCGAGGCUAGCAACCCCGAGUACUCUCUGCCCGCCAACCAGAACCAGAUCGGUUUGAUUGAGACUGCUCUGUACCUCGUUGUCUUUGGCAACGCCAAGGAUGGCAAUGCGAAAACUGAGUGGGUCAAGACUCUGUUCGAGGAGGAGCGUCUUCCUUUGGAGGAGGGAUAUAAGAGGCCCGAGAAGAGUGUUACCGUUGCCAACAUUCUUGGUAUGGUUGCCAAGGUUGUUCUCGCUGGUAUCUAG